UUGAUAAAAUAUUAUUGUUAUUCUAGUCUUUGGUCGUUGAAGACCAAUGCUGGCUGCCAGCCGACGGAAAGGUCCCGCCUAAAAGGGGACAUAAGCUAAAGCCGCUAAGAGAAGGAGACGUCUCUACUAGCUAGAGCUACCGGUAGCAGGUACUGGUAGCAUCAUACAAAACAAACACACCAUGAAUGAAAGCGGUGGAGACAACAACAAACGUGGCCAUGCCACUGAAGCCAGUGAUUCUCUCCAAGCCAAAAAGAAACCCAAGCCGACUCUGGACACUCAAGCAGUUGAUACUAUUACUACUAGUCGGAAGUGUUUGCUCUGUGAAAACACCAAAUGUCCUGGCAACUUGAGUCGACAAUGUGCGAAUUGCAAAAACACCAAAUGCUGUACCAGUGGCUUCAGCAAGACUCAGUGGAAGGAAGGGGACACAGCUACCGUUUGCAUUGAUUGCGAGGCUUGCCCUCGUUACAGUUUCAAGCUAAGAGAAGCCAAGAAACUUGCCGAGAAAAAAGCCCAAAGAAAAGCCAGAAGCAGAAAGAAGAGAAAAGCCUCCAGACGCGAAAUUUUUUGCCAAAAGCCAACCAAAUUCUAUGCCUGCCGUGUUUGCAGGCAGAUGCAGGACAGGAAAGGAUAUGCCACGGAUCAAAAAAUUGCUUAUGGCAUGCUCGCCAAAAACGAGAAAGAGGACAUGGACAGGGAUAUGGGAAAUGGCCCCAUCUGUUUGCAAUGCAUCCUCAAGUUGCCAAGACCGUGCAAGGAUUGUAAAGAAACAAAACCGCUGGACCAGUUUCCGGAAGGCCAGUGGCAACGUAACCCGCUUUGGGGGAAAUUGACCAUUGAGACAUACUACUCCCAGCCGUUUUCUCGUUGCUUGUCCUGUGACGUGGUCAAAGCCAAGGAAGACGAGGAACAGCACAAAGCAGAAGAGGCCAAAGCCAACGAAGAGUGCCCGGCCGAAUUCAAGGAUCCUAUCAUGAAGCAAGAGCCCAAAGCAGCUUGUGAACAUCCUAUCAUGAGGAAACACAAUGCUCAGUUUUGUGAUUUGGACUGUUACUGUCACCUAUGUGAGCCCCAUUUAGUCGACCCAGGGAGUGUGGUGGCUACCUGUGAGUCAAAUGGUGGAAACAAUGGUUCCAAUGGGAAUGACAACAACAAUGGAAACCAGAACAAUAGUGACGGUUCACGCCACAAACCUCCCAAGGAAAACGAGCCUCAUACUCGCACCAGGAAUGGUGUGGAGGAGUCCUGGUGUGACAUUUGCACAUUCUGGAGAAAGGGUGAACAUAGGCAUCUAACUGCUGGACAUAGGACCCGUGAAAAGAUAGCAGAGGACAAAGCAAAGGAAGAGCGCGAGGCCAAAUUGAAGGCUCUUAUCAUGAAGCAAGAGCCCAUUGCAGCGUGUGAACAUCCGAUCAUGAGGAAACACAAUGUUCAAUUUUAUGAAGUUCCCAAAUUGGACUUUCGCCAAACCUGCCCCAAUUUAGUCAACCCAAGGAGUGUGGUGGGUACCUAUGACAUUAUCUACCAUCAUGGAGAGUGGAGUGGUGGACAAGAUGAAAGUCGUACCACAAAAGGAACCUGUAGGUUCUGGUUGACGACAGAUGAAGAGAUUGGUGCAGCGAACAAUGAAAGAUCUCUUGAGGCGGUUACUCAUGCUCGGGAUGACGAGAAUAUUUCGGGUCGGAUGGAAUUUGAUAAGGAACUCCGGCUUACACACAAUGCCUGCUUUCAAAAGGACUACACUUUGGGUUCUUGUGAUGGAUUUGUCUUCCAGACCAUUCUGGAGAAUGAGGAAUGUGAUGCCACUGGGAAUAGGUAUAUGGGCUAUGAACUCAGCAAGUCGUUCUUGUUUCGAAUUCACAGACGUGUGGCUUGUCCGUGGAUGAAGUAUGAAUUCAGUGAGCAUAAUAGAGAGGAGGGUGAUAGCGUUAAGUUUGAGACUCUAGAAGAAGCAGAGGCUUUGAUGGAGAACUAUGAAAAGGGCGACCCCAAGCAUUGGCUUGCCCGGCACACAUGUUUGGUUCCAGAAGUGAUUCCGCCAAUUCGCCAGUUUCUUAUCCAGCAACGCAAACCAGUGCUUUUCUUGGAGCCUGGAGAUCUAGUCCUCAAUACCACGUGGGGCGACACCAGGUUGCGCUGUGAUACAAGCUGCAUCCUUCGUCGGCGCAAAGAAGAAUCCACACAGAGUUGUCACAAUCAUAGCAGUGUUGCAUCCGAGAGCCGUUGCGUGGUAACAAUGUUAGCAAGUGAGUCUCGUUCCUUGCGCCGGUAGGUCACCGAGAAGUUGCGUUUGAAUAAUUCUAUUCUACUCGAUUGAACCCCUUUCCUGGCCAUAUCUAGUAGCAGUCUUUUUGAGUCAAUGUGUGUU